CUACAAAUCAAAUCCAAACCACCUGCUUCUCGGCGAAAGUACCUACCAAUGCGUCUGCCAUAUCACGACUUGCGUCUCUUCUAGAGUCUAUACAUCUCCUUACUCUUCUACAUCUCGUUCAAUUUUUCACAAUGCCGACAUUCCAAGCCAUCAAUCUUGAACCCGAAGAAAACAUCGACGAUGAAAUCGAUAACACCCGCCAAAUUCACAUUGACGAAGCCUUGAAGCGCUUCCAAACGGCGCUUAAACUCCAUGCGCAGGGUCCCAGAUUCUUUGACGAAGCUGCCGACGCCUAUGACGACCUGUUCAAAUCCGAGAUAUUCCAUUACCCAGAAGCAGCCACCGAGUACGAGCGUGCCGAGCAGCAGCCAGGUCCACUUACCCCCGAUGGCUUCGUUGCGGGAGUCGAUGUUCAAUCCGGAGAAGUGGACGGCGCAGACAGCACCUUGCCGCAAGCUCUUUUCCUGGCACACAAGAACCACGGACAAUUCGUCCUCGACCGGAUAAAGAACAAAGCGCGCAGAAUUCCCGUCUCUUCCAACGACUUCUUUCAGACGGACGAGGUACGGAAACAAGCCGAGACCGCCCUGGCCGAUUUUACCGCCGCUCUCGACCGAGACCCUUCCGACGCAGAGCUGUGGAGACGCACCGCACGCGUCGCCGGCUUUCUUCAGAGUGCCAGAAUUCGCAGGUACUGUCUCGAGGCAGCCAUCGAGUUGGACGAUGAUCCUGCCGUGGACGAGGUCCAGCCUCCAUCCCUGGCCGAGGGCUUGGCCGGCGAGGAGCUCAAACAGCAGUUGCAGGUUCUCGACGACAACGUGGCUCUGUCACAUCCUAUCAUGGGCCCUUGGUUGAGGGGAGAAAUGCCAGACUUCAUCCGGAAGAACCUGGAUCCCGUUCCGUUCUUGCCGAAUCCGACCCGGGACCUGAUUGCAAUGCGGAAUACGAUCGAAGAGGCCCCCCUUGCUCGACUGGCGCUCCCCUGCUCGACGGCCACAUGGUCCCAACUUGGCAUGGCUCUCCUGCAAUUCGUCGCGGAAAUGGGAUUUUCUGGCCGGGCCGUCGUCAUCGAGCAUCCAGAGGCCGACGAUGAGGAGGAGGGAGAGGGGACAAUAGGUACGACGGAGGCCAUCCAACGACGGUUGAACGAAGAGGCGAAGACAGAGACCACGGCCGAAGCGGCACCUGCCGCCAUGAUGGACGUCGACGACGGCGCCAAAGAACGGGAAGGCUCAGGAGGAGAGGCGCGGAAACCCGGCGGGCCGACUCGAAAAGGCCGGAGUAAUUCGAACCCGACCCUCAAAAGGUCUCAGUCGCUGGCCGGUAUCGGUGAUGCAGCCGAAGAAGAAAACACAGUCGAAAAGCGCAGCAAGAGAAUUCGCCGGCGGGAGACGGCCGGAGGGGAAGUGGCCGAUCGCAGCACGCUCCUCGCCACUCAGCUCGCCGAGUACCAGGCGGCAGACAGCAAUCUAUUCCAGAUGAUGCGCGAUAUACUCGAAAACAUUGGCGUCACCGACUCGGAUACUCUGGCCGGCAUUGCUUGUGUCCUAGAGACCUGCGCCUCGGAGGAUCGCCCGUCUAAGAUGCAGGACCAAGCCACGAAGGACCUACGGAGCACCAUCGUCAAGUUUAAUGCAGAGAAUGCAAAGAUUCUCGUCAACAAGAAGGAGGCUGGCACCCUGGGUAUGUCGGCAUUUCUAGAACACGCCAAAGGAGGCUCCCAGGCAACCCUCAACUUCCCCGCCUUCCGAGACGCCCGUGGCAUGGCCGCUUUUGCCCGAAGGAUCAAUUCCGGCUGGAUGACCGCCCAGGAAGUGGCAUGGGAAUGGAUCAAGGCCAUUGCCCCUAGCUACUCGGAGUCCAAGUGGCCGGAAGACAUGAAGACCACCGUUGUACAGGUCGCCAGCCGAUUUGACCAAAGUCUCUACGACGGCGCAAGGUAUGAGAUUGCCCUGGCUUCGGAAGGUCGACUUUCGGAGGAAGAGAUGGACGCACUACAUGAGGUUGUGGAGAUGCUAUUCGAACUGCAUCUAGACGUCUACGAGCGCAUCACCAACCCAAACAGCGCUGUGGAUUAUCUCGUUCGCGUGGAAGCAAAGGGCCGUCUCGGGAGGUGGCUGGACCUUGCGUCGCAGAUGGCGCCGCGUCCCCGAAACACGAAGAAGAAAGUAGUGUCGAUCCGCUUCCUCUGGGCGGCCGUCUUUUCCACAACGCUCACAGAAAACGCGUCGCGGGAGUACAUCCUGCAAUGCUGGACCAGCCUACGAGACUAUCUGGCUGACGAGCAAGUCAGCCCCCUGUAUCUCCAGAAUAAUGCCGUACUCCCCGAGAUUUCAGCAGCCGCUGCAGACAGGGAAAUCUCCAAGCUGACCACCAUGGACUUCUUCCUCGGCCUGUUCCAGGAUGACAUCAGCGAUCCUGUGGCCAUCAUCGAUAACUUGGAACCCGUCCUGAACCCCGACUCCGUCUUUGUCUCCAGGGCCGCCGCCUCGACCGUGGGUGCGCAAGCGAAGGUGGGCGAGAAGCAAAAGCCGAGGCAAGACAACAUACCCAUCAGGGAUUGUGCCAGCCAGAGUCUACAAGAUCUUUGGAAGUUCGUCAAAGGCACCAGUACCGAGCUGAGGCUUUUCCUUUGGACCCGUCUUAGCGAUGCGUACGGGGCCAUCAAAUACGUGACGAAGCAGUUCUCGUGCCAGCUUCGAGCCAUCGAGACCAUCACUGCUGAUCUACAAGGGAAGCAGUACCUCAAGACGUCGAGCGAGACGAGGCCUGCCUUGCUUUUGCGAAUGCUGAAGUCACUAGACGAGCUUCUCAUCCAUGCCCUCUCCCUGGCCCUCAACGAGAGCACCUCCUUCGACAUCAUCGACGAUGAUCACCUGAAGACGACAGCCUCCGCACUCGCCGGGCUGAACUGCAUGCUUCACGUCGCCGCCAUGGUGGAGGACGAGAUCCGCAUCGGGAUGACCCGACCCCCAUCCAACAGUUCCCUCUUCCAGUCGUUCCUCACCAAGCUACGGGAGCUCCAAGUGCGAACUUGGUGUCUCCAGUAUACCGUGCUCAAAGUCGGCAUGAACCAAAAGCCCGAUCUCUUCCCCAGACAAGAGAACCAUUUGGCCGAAUAUCUUGCCGCGGUGCAUCAGGUCCUCGGCCUGCGCAAGAGCUGCAAGGUUUCGAACAAGAUCUUCUUGAAGAUGAUGCGAGUCGAAAUGCUUCGUUUCAGGAACAUCGAGAACUGGGAGGAUUACCUUGGUCAGGUCCUCUACGACCUCCACGGGCUGAAGCUCGGCGUCGGCAUCUGGGAGGUUCAGGAUCACGGCUGCCCCCCGGAGAAACUUGAGAGGCGCAACACGAUCCAGCUGGCGGACAAGGUCACGGUGUUAGCCCGCCGGAUGCCCAUGAGAGACCUGCUGAAGUCCGAUCUCAAGACUACCAUCGAGCACAUGCAGGGCGCCAUCGGACCCAUACGAUCGACUCCCCAGAUGGUCCACAACCUGAGGAACUACACCGAGUACUUCAAGAAGCCGAUCCACCCACUCCGUCUCUACCAGGCUCUCAGGGGGGAGGUGGAGCUCGACACGGUCUCGGUGAAUGCCCCGGAGAUGGCGCUCGCGAGGCACGGCUGGUUCUAUCUCCUCGGCACGAUAGCACUUAGCAAAUACAAGCACGUCGACCUGAGCAAGAGACAGACGCCGGGCGCGAUGGACGAACUGCGUAUCGGGGCGGCGUUCUUGAGGCACCAGCUCCAAUUUACCCCGGGCCACUGGGAAGUCUGGUUCCGCCUCGCCGAAUGCUUCGACUACGAGGUCGAGGACGCGGUCGUGUGGACGGCCGACAAGAUGAACAAGGACCGCGCCGAGCUGGUCAAAUUCCAGCGCAACUCGAUCCAUUGCCACACCUUGGCCUUGUCCAAGUCGGUGGGGGCGGAGAAGACGUACUCGGAAGACGGCGACCCUCUGCAUGAUCUGUAUCACAGUUUCGCUAUGCGCAUGUAUGCUUCCAGCCGGGAGCCUUUCGCCAUGGAACCUUUUCAACAUUCCGAUCACGAACGGUUCUUCAUUCAGCCGGAGGAGUUGGGGACGUUCCAACGGGUGGCCCACGACCAGAUGGGGGACUUUAAGGUGUGGAAGUAUGCGUGUCUUCUCUUCAGGAAAGCCAUGAAGAGGAAGCCGCAGGAUUGGAGGAAUGCCUUCAUGAUAUCCAAGUGCCUCUGGAAGAUGUAUCAGAAGCCGGAUGACUCUCUCAGUCCGACCGACCGAGAAGCGAGGCCGUCGAUGGAACAGCUGAUAAGAGCGCUCGAACACACCAUCGACGUGGUGGCGGCGAUGCCAAAGUCGAGGCAUAGCGAACCAGUGCUGGAACCGCAUUACAAGAUCCUUUCUAUCGUGCACAAGCUGGUUCUGCGGAAAGAUCUGAGCCCUCAAGAAGGUGCCGAGAUCAUCUCGCGCCAACCUCACGGUCUCGGCUGCGACGACGCGGAGAUGGAUGACAUGGGAGACUGGGAAGAGUAUCUUAUCAAGAACCUGCGCCACCUUCGCGACAAGGACAAGUCCAACUGGCAACACCGCAUGAUCGUGCGGCACGCCCGCCUGCUCUUCGACGAGGAGGCGCAGGAGUCGGGGGAUUACAUGCAGGCCAAGGCGGCUUUUGGCGUGCUCCGCGAGUCGAUGUUUACGAAGACCAUGGUGAUGAAUGUGUGGAAAUGCGACGCGGAGCGACCCGGCCGCCACCACGUCUUCACGGAACAGUACGUCCGGUUCAUGGUCAAGAUCCUGGUGGUUAUGAACGACCGGGUCAGCUUGGAGGCGCUGCUGCGCCGCAUCCGCAAGAAAGGCGGCGAUUUCUACCACUUCACCGACCUCUGGCAGACCUGCUGCCACGCGUACCUGCGUCUUUUGCGACAGACGCACAAGGUGGAGCAGAACGAGGAGGACCGCUUCAAAUCCGUCGCCCCCGAGGAGUACGAGAUCGUGACCGAUCGCAUCGGCGACUGGGCCCACGAGCAAGGGAACAACGACUCGUCGCCCAUCUUGCAGUGCAUGAAGGAGGCGAUCGAGCUGAAGAAGUUGAACGGCGGGUUGAUGAAGGCCGGCGCCAUCGACGACGUCAUCUGCGACGCCUACACGGCGAUUUACUUCAACAUUGCGCCUACUUUGCCGAGACCCGACGCGUCGGAGGUGAUCGAGAUGCGGGCCAAGGAGCGGGCGAAGGAAGAAGCGCAAGAUGAUGCUGAGGCGAAUGACGCGAAGCAGCUCCCCAAGGGGUCGGACAAGGACGACGGGAACCCGCCCAAUGGCACAGGGCCAGAGACGGCAGUGAACGGCGGCGAAGCGGCGGACAAGCAGGCCGAGGCGGCUCCUCGCAGGAAAACGGGCAUCCGACGGGCUGAUGUCCUACGCAAGGCCGAGCAGGCGUAUCUCCGAAGCUUGGAGAGGCCCAAGUCGGUAGGCCCCGGCGGCGCUGGCGGCAGCGGUAAAACGCUGGUCGGGUUGAUAGCGAGCGGGAAGCGGGGAAGCCAUUCGGCCCACGACGACGACGACGACGACGAGGACGACGACGACGAGGCAGGAAGCGACGCCCACGACCAUGACGGGACGAAACAGGGCCGAGCGCUUGGCGGUCAGGACGAAGACGUGACUAUGAAGGACGAAGAAGGCGAAGAAGGCGAAGGCGCACCUGCGGACACAACAGCGCUCUCGAGCCGUCGGGGUAGUAUGCACGAUUCGGCGGAUGAUGAGAGCGAUCUGAGCGAUGUUCCGGAAGGGUGGGACGAAGAGCCGCCGCCUUCGCUGAUGUUUCCCAAUCUCCGGAGAAGUACGGGGCCGAAGACGGCGGUUUCUGGCAGUUCGGAACAGAGUGAAGAUGAGGAGAAGGGAGAGGACGCGGAAGCCGAAGUCAAAGAGGGGGAUGAAGAAGAGCAUGAAGAAGAGGGGGAGUAUGGAGAAGAGACCGAGCAGCAGGGAGACGGAGAUGAAGAUGAAGAGGAUGAAGGGGAGGAGGAGGACGGCGAUGGGACCGACGAGGAAGAAAGGGAUGAAACGCAGGAUGUAAGGGAAGAAGAGGGCCUGGAUGAGAUGGAGGGAGACGGGGAAGGUGGCGACGAAACGAUCGAAGACCAUUCUCUUGAAGAGGCCGACGAGAAUGUGGAAGAAGGGGUUGACGAGGGGGCUGAUGAGACUAUGGAGGAUGCAGACGAGCAUGUCGAGGACGAGGAAGGGGAGGAAGGGGAGGAAGAGGAAGAGGAAGGUGGAGAAGAAAUAGAGUAUGAAGCAGAAGAGGAGAUAUCAGGAGAGGAAGCAUCAGGAGAAGAAGCAUCAGGAGAGGAAGCAUCAGGAGAGGAAGCAUCAGGAGAGGAAGCAUCAGGAGAGGAAGCAGAAGACGAGGCGGAAGGAGAAGACGAGGCGGAAGGAGAAGACGAGGCGGAAGGAGACGCGGAUGAUGAGGAUGAAGAUGAAGAUGAAGAAGCAGAAGAGGAAACAGAGGAGGAGGCAGAAGAGGAUAGUCGGGAAAUGGAGGAAGCAGGAAGCGAGGAAGAACAGGGUGGGACGGAGCAGGACGAAGCCGUUGACAGACGUUCCUAGAGGGGACACGGACGAGUACCGACGUGGGGAUGUGGGCUUAGCUAGAGCCUGAAACUUUAUCACUUUAAUGGUUCGCAGGCCGUUGUCUGAAUAGAAUAAUUGUUGAAUACUUAUAGUGGUUUCUUGCUAAGAAACUCAGGGGGACGUGUCUAAGCCGGGG